CAAACAAACAAAAGACGCGUCUUAUUGCACACUAGGAUGUUUGACGUGGCAGUGUCUUACUGGCCACCGUUAAUUCCACCUAAUAGCCACUCUUCUCUCCUCUUUUCUCCCCCUUUCCUUCUCAAUCCUCGGCAGAACACCUAAAUCCUGUGAACCCAUCAAAAUUCUCAAUAUAUCUUUUUUCAAUAAUGUAGGCAAAAAGAUCCUUAAAAAAACUCGCAAAUUAAUUCAAAUCUUCUCUCUCUGAUCUCGUAAAAAUUACAAUCUUGUAUUCGAUUCAUUUGGGGAGGAAAUUAUGGCAAUCUUGAAUCUAAAUCAAAGGUAUUAUUUUCUCUUUUUUUCUUUUUCAUUAAUUUUGCAUUUCUUAACCCUAAUUGCUUAUCCCAUUUCAUCAUUCUUGCUCCAAGACUUUAAUCUUGAUAAAAAUCCAAACUUUGAUUCGGAUUUUAUCCUUUUAGGAGAUGCCCAUAUCACCAAAAAUGGUAAUUUUAUCAAUCUCACUUCCCUUUCAUCUGGGUCAAAUUCUGGGCAAAUUGUGUACAAGAAACCCUUUAAAUUUCUUGAUUCAAAAUCUUCAAAACCCACAAUCUCAUUUUCCACUGAUUUUACUUUUACUAUUACUCCUGGUAAUGGGGAUGGUAUUGCAUUUGUGAUUUUCCCCAAAAGUGAUGAACUUUCCCAGGUUUUUGGUCAUGGCUAUUUUGGGGUUUCUGAUAGUAUUGAUCAUAAAUUUGUUGCUGUUGAGUUUGAUACUAGAAAAGAUGAUAAUGUUGCUGAUUUGAAUGGUAAUCAUGUUGGUAUUGAUGUGGGUAGUUUUGUAUCAUCUGAUACUAGUGAUGUUUCUUCAAUUGGUUUACUUCUUGAUGGUGGGGAACCUUUAGAAUCUUGGAUUGAUUAUGAAGCUAGUUCUAAGAGAUUAGAGGUUAGAUUAGCUGAAUCUGGUGCUGAAAAACCCGAGAAACCUUUGAUUUCAUAUGCUAUAGAUUUGUCCAAAAUGUGGGGGGAUAAAGAGAUUUUAGUAGCGAUCAGCUCGUCGAAUGGGAAUUCGUUACAAGUAAGUAGUUUAUCUUCGUGGGGUUUUCGUAUCAGGACUGUUUCGAGUUCUUUACAUUCGGUACCAUUGGAUCCUGAGGCUCCUCAAGUUCAUGAGGAACAGCCUGUUCAACGAAAAAAGAAUUCGUUUUUGAAUAUUCUUGGCACUCUUAUUUUUGCUACCGGAUGUGGUACAUUGGUGGCGUUCGUUGCACUGUUUUUCUGGGUGGUAUUAUAUGGUAGGCACUCGAAUGUUGCUCUUGAGUUGCCUAUGAAUACUAUGGAAUUCAAAUAUGAAAAGGUAAAUGUGACUAUUGAUAAUCAUAAUGCUCCCGUUGAUGCCACAAGCUAAUGCAUUCUUUUGUUGACUUGUAUUCUUUCCUGUUCUAAUGCCUUCUAUGUAUGCGUUAUUGUAUGAUUUUGAUAUGAUCCCGACACACCUUGUUAAAUAUUCCACCAUUUUUCUCUGUAAUAGCUAGUAUGUUGAAGAA